CGUAUGUUGUUUACAUUAAUUUGGUUUUGUUUUUACCGCGCAAAAUUAUGAUCGAAGGUUCUUUUAACUGGAGAUCCUAUCUUUCAAGACCAAAUUUUGUUGCAGCCCCAGUUUCAUGUUUUAAUCAUGUAGCACUGUCUCGUUGUUGGGAUAGCAUAACAGCUGGCAUUUUAGUUGAAGUUAGAAGUCCAGAUUGCACUACAUGCUGCGCAUCUACUCCAUGUUGUUAUUGGAUAGCUGCUGUAAUUAAAGUAUCUGGUUAUCUAGGUUUAUUAAGGUAUGAAGGCUUUGAUACUGAUGACAGUCAAGAUAUGUGGGUCAACCUUUGUACUGAAACACAUAUUCAUCCUAUAGGAUGGUGUGCUGACAACGGAAUGCCAUUAGUUCCUCCAAAAUGCAUAGAAGAUAAGCAUACAGAUUGGAAAGAUUAUCUUGUGAAAAGAAUUUCUCGAGCUAGAACAAUUCCAGCUGACUUUGCCUUCAAGAUUGAGGAACACAAACAUAAUAUUAUUAAAAAAGGAAUGAAACUUGAAGUUGUAGAUAAAAACCUGAUUUCGGCUGUACGUGUAGCAACUGUCAGUGAAGUGAUAGGAGGACGUCUUCAUAUAAAAUAUGAAGAAUCAGAACAAGAGGAUGAAGGUUUCUGGUGUCAUGAGCGAUCACCUUUGAUUCAUCCAGUUGGAUGGGCUCAAAUAAUAGGUCAUGCUUUAAAAGGAAAACCAGAGUAUGCUAGACUGUCCCUCCGCAAAACUCUGUAUCGAACUUUUGAUCCCAGUGAUGCAACAUGGGAUAUGUUUUUGCCAGUUUUCAAUCCUGUAAAGAACUUGAAAUUUAAAGAAGGAAUGAAAUUAGAAGCUAUUGAUCCAUUAAAUCUUUCCACAAUUUGUGUGGCAACUGUGACUGAAGUAUUAAGGAACAACUACCUAAUGAUAGGCAUUGAUGGCAUGAUGGCAGCUAAUGGUUCUGAUUGUUUCUGCUAUCACGCAUCUUCUCCCUGUAUAUUUCCUGUUGGUUUUUGUGAGUCCAAUGGAAUAACACUAAUGCCUCCAAGAGGUUACAAAGGAGAAUUUAAAUGGCAGGAAUACCUGAAGAAAACAAAAUCUAAAGCUGCUCCUGUUGGUUUAUUUCACAGAGAAAUUCCAAACCAUGGAUUUAAAGAAGGUAUGUACCUUGAAGCCGUAGAUCUGAUGGAACCUCGUUUAAUCUGCGUGGCUUCGGUCACAAAAGUGGUUGGUCGCUUGUUACGUGUUCAUUUCGAUGGCUGGGAUGAGGCUUAUGACCAGUGGUGUGAUUGUGAAAGUCCAGAUUUAUUUCCAGUAGGAUGGUGUGAAAUUUUGAACUACAGGCUGGAACCUCCACGAUCAGAUGAAAGUGAUGACUCAAAGAAAAAGAGGAAAUCUAAUGUAUCAAAACAUCGAAGAAAAAAAAAAGAAGAAGUCACCUUCAAAGAAGAAAGAAUGGAGAAGAUACAUCUGUAUCACGGUUUGGAGAAUUAUCGAUAAAGAAUGAACCUGAUGAUGUUAAUGAUUCACAUUCUGCAACAGCAAGCAUGUCGGUUGAGGAUUCAAGUUCUAGUUCUGAGUAAUAAAUACAGAUGUGUACAUAUAUAUUUGUAUGCAAUGGUGAGAAAUGGAUCUCUGUGAUAUUAGUUAAGAAUAAAGUUUAUUUCAUGUGUAUAUAUGUAUCUCUGCAAGGGUAUGAUAUUUUAUAUUUUAAUGUGAUAUACUGUUUAACUGCCCUGCAACAUACUGUGCAAUUCCAUUCAUUUCUUGGCUUCUAUUACUGAAAGUAUAUACAGUACUAUGUUUUAAAAUUAAAUUUGAGUCACUUUUAUCUUUUCAUAUGCACUUACUAAGUAAAACUGAAGAUGAUCAUGUAUUAAAAUUUUACAUGUAUGCACUGCUAAUGAAGAUCUAAACUGAGAUCAAAACUUACUACAAAUGUAAGCUAUUUUCGUGCGAAAGGAAUGAGAAUUUUUACUUCUUUUGAAGUGAUUAUAAUUUUAUAUAUAAUUAAUGCAUUUAAUCAAAUUUAAAUUUUAUUGAAAAAAUAGCAAACAAUAGAGAGUUGUUUGCUAUUUUUUCAAUAAUUAGUCUAUCCAGUUCAGUUACAGUAGUUUUUUUCUCAAAUAUUAAGUUUCCAGCAGACAAAUUAACUGUAUUGAAAGUAUUUGAAAUAGCUCAAUUGCUGUUAAAGAUAUGAUUCUAAUUGCUAAAUAAAUUUAAAUUUAUUUUUUCUGUAAGAAAGUAACCAGGGAUACAAGUUUAAAAAAAAUACUUGUUGGUUCUUGGAUAAAUUUUAAAAGCCGAUGUAUACUGACUUUAAUUAAUUAGUUUAUCAGCAAAAGCUCUUAAAUAUUUUGAGACCAAUUGUUAUUUCAAGAUAUGCUGAAGUUUUUAUUAAAAAUUUAUGAACAUGACUUUUAACAGAAAUUUUGGGACAUAGACUUCAUUUAAAAUCAUGCCAAAAGUCAUCAUACUGUUAGACUGUUGGUGAAAUGUUACUAAGUUUGUGGAUAUAUUUCUAAAUCUAGUCUUUUAUAUAUAGGAUAUGCUGCAUUUAACAUAAUUCUUUUGUAAUACAAUUUUAAAUAAUAUUUGAAUCAUAUUUACGUAUUUCUUUGGACAAAUGAUUGCUUGUUUUGUUAUUAAAAUAAAUAGAUCCUUAUCUGUAGAAAUAAUCGCCAAAAGUUGUUAAUCUUUUGUAAAUAUUAAUAUAUUUGUAAAAUAUUUGCAUUUUUUUCAUUAUAGUAGUGUCUUUGUAUUUAAAUUAUAGACCCACUUAAGUUAUAGCAUAAAAAUUAAUUUAAA